AUGGACAGACGUCUCAAUUUUCUCCGGCAGCCUCCCCAAGAUAACAACAAAUUGCCCGUCACAACCACUUUCAGUCAUUGUGCUCCCGGAGCAUCAGGCAAAGUAUCGGUAGUCUACUGGCCUGCGAAGGAAGGUGUCUCGAAAUCCCCGACUCAAUUGACAUUGUUCAUUCUUGGUAAUCCUGGUCUAUUGGGAUACUACAUUCCUUUCUUGCAACACCUAUACUCUCUGCUACCGCCCACUCAUGCCAUCCUCUCUACUUCGCAUAUCGGACACGAUCCCGACAUACCUGCUCCUGAGAUUCCAGUGGAACUUCAAGGCCAGCUGAAAUCAAAGAUCGAGCUCAUACAGGCCCUCAGAUCAAGUUUAGACGCUUGGGCGGAAGAUCAACAAUCACCCAAAUCCAAACUAGCUCUGAUGGGACAUUCUCUGGGAGCUUGGUUGCUGUGUGAGGCUAUGAAGCAGCUGAACGAGGAGGAAAGAGUUAUACAUGCCGGAUACAUGCUGUUUCCCUCCUUGGGUUGGUUAAGUGAGACGUAUAAUGGUCGCACACUCUGGCCAAUGUUCCAUCGGCCGAUACUACCCUUGCUUGCUAAUCUUUCCUUUGCACUUCGACCGAUCCUUCCAUUCACGAACCAUCCGCCUACCACGCUGUCGCUCCUUCGGUCACCAAGAAGUAUUCAUCACGUCCUCCAGCUUGGCCGGUCAGAAAUGCUGGGGAUUCGAGACCUAGAUGUGGACUGGUUUGCCUCUCAGGCAUCCAUUCCACUCCCGGAAGGUUUGUUCGGUGUGUGGUCUGCCGGAAACCUGGAUGGCUGGGUCGGGAGGGAUGGGGCCUUGGUACAAGCUGCUCUUAGGGGAGAGGACGGGGGAAGGGUGACACUUUUACAGGGUAUCCCACAUGCUUUUUGCCUCAGAGAGGAUCACUCUAAGAUCGUAGCGAGCGUAGUGGCAAAAUGGAUCGAUCCAUCCAUUCCUAUCCUACCCCUUGAAGGAAUCCUCCUCGACAAUCAAAAGAGGUUAGAGGAGAAUAUCGUUCCUAUGUAA